GGGACUUUGAAAUGACCCCAUACAAAAACAACUAUGGCGCAGACCUCUCUCGGUAGUUCUAGCCCGCAAGGGGGUACAGUGGGGUCGGAGGAUGGUGACUUCGACCCGACCGCUGAGAUGCUAGUUCAUGACUACGAUGAUGAACGCACCCUGGAAGAGGAAGAGAUGCUGGAAGGAGAGACGAACUUCAGCGCAGAAAUCGAUGAUCUUACCAGAGAAGGAGAAAUGCCUCUUCAUGAGCUGUUGAGUAUGUAUGGCUAUGGUGAAGGAGGGUCCCCAGAAGAGGAAGAUGGAGAGAUUGAUGAGGAAGAGGAAGAGGAGGAUUUUGUAGAGAACGACAAGACCAGCAGAGGCAUACUGAAAAGAAAUAAGGAGGAUGGAGUGAAGGACUCAUCUGACCUGGAGGACACAAGGUCAUCCAGUGAUGAUCCUGUGUCCUGUAUCCGCUCUCACAGUACGUCUGAGCUGAUUCGUUCACAAACUAGGGAUUAUUUUGAAGGUAAUGAAGUUGAAGAUGAGUCAGAUGAUGAGGACUACGUCCCAUCAGAGGACUGGAAAAAGGAGAUCAUGGUUGGAUCCAUGUACCAGGCAGACACACCCACAGGCCUGUGCAAGUACAAAGACAAUGAAAAAGUCUAUGAGAACGAUGACCAGCUCCUAUGGAAUCCAGCGUUGUUACCAGAGGACGUGGUGGUGGAAUUUUUAGCCGAAGCUUCCAAACGCACGGGAGAGGAGAGUGGGGUUGAUGCCAUACCUGAGGGAUGCCACAUCAAAGACAACGAACAGGCCCUGUAUGAGUUGGUAAAAUGUAAUUUUGACACAGAAGAAGCUUUAAGAAGACUGAGGUUUAAUGUGAAGGCAGCCAGAGAGGAACUGUCGGUCUGGACCGAGGACGAGUGCCGGGCUUUCGAACAAGGACUCAAAGCCUAUGGAAAAGAUUUCCAUUUGAUACAGGCCAACAAGGUGAGAAGUAGGUGUGUAGGAGAAUGUGUGGCCUUUUAUUACAUGUGGAAGAAAUCUGAGCGAUAUGAUUUCUUUGCACAGCAAACCAGACUGGGCAAACGGAAAUACACGCUUCACCCUGGAGUCACGGACUACAUGGAUCGUCUGCUGGACGAGACAGAGAGCCCACCAUCCUCACCUCCACCUGUCGCCUCCAGCAGUAGCUCCAACCAAUCAGAAAGAGAUGACAGCAGCAGUCACAACGGUGUAAUAAGUCACUCUACUGUAGAACCCCCCAGUUCUAAUGACCUGACAGGAGAUGGUGUUCAAACAAACGGACCUACACCCACCCAGCAACCCUCUACACCCCCUGAGACAGAGCCACACAACCAGAGACACUCCAACUCCACCCCAGAGAGCCGCAGUCACUCCCCAGACAACCGUGAGGAGGGUGGAUCCGUGGCGGAGGAGCAGGGGCCGGCGAGACCCCUGAAGAGAGCGAGAAAAGAGGCGGAGCCCCAGAGUGAACGGAGUUCCUCAGAUCUGAGCCGUGAGGGACAGGAGGGAAGGACAGAGCAGGUCUGAUAUGGCACAGACACAUAGCCGUGCUGCGCUGGGAGAGGUCCACGCAUCCUGUGGUUUGUCUGGACAUAGCCCUGUUUUCACCACUGACUGAUCAGCUCAGCUGUUUCUCCUCAGGGCUGGAAGGAAUAUCACACUUCUCUCUCUCUCUCUCUCUCUCUCCCUCUGGUCUUUCUCACUCUAUAUUGCUCUUUUCUCUCUCUCUCUCUUUGUGUCACUCAGAUGAGUCCGUCUGAUCGGAUCUCUUUGUGUAAUCAAACCAGAUCUGUACAUGCACACCUGUCAGAUACAUAAUUCACACACUCUCCACACAACUUUGGCAGCUUAAAAAAGAAAUUAGGUAACAGUUCUCCUCUGAUCCAUAGUGUAGAUGUUACAAUAGCUUUUUUCCCAGACUUUACAUUUUUUUAAAAUAUAAAUAUUUAAAGGCUUAACGACAUUCCAGCAUUUUGUUAUACUAGAGGACAUAUUUGAACAAGGUUUUAAGAAUUUAUAUUGUUUCGAGGAACUGCC